AUGGCAUUUAAUGUGAUUACAGCCAAUGAUCCGCACACAGACUGGGACCUGCCGCCGCUCAGACUCUACCAGCUGAUCCAGAGUCUGAACCCGGUCAGACUCUACCGGCUGAUCCAGAGUCUGAACCCGCUCAGACUCUACCAGCUGAUCCAGAGUCUGAACCCGGUCAGACUCUACCGGCUGAUCCAGAGUCUGAACCCGCUCAGACUCUACCGGCUGAUCCAGAGUCUGAACCCGCUCAGACUCUACCAGCUGAUCCAGAGUCUGAUCCCGCUCAGACUCUACCAGCUGAUCCAGAGUCUGAACCCGGUCAGACUCUACCGGCUGAUCCAGAGUCUGAACCCGCUCAGACUCUACCAGCUGAUCCAGAGUCUGAUCCCGGUCAGACUCUACCGGCUGAUCCAGACUCUGAUCCCGCUCAGACUCUACCAGCUGAUCCAGAGUCUGAACCCGGUCAGACUCUACCAGCUGAUCCAGAGUCUGAACCCGGUCAGACUCUACCGGCUGAUCCAGAGUCUGAACCCGGUCAGACUCUACCAGCUGAUCCAGAGUCUGAACCCGGUCAGACUCUACCAGCUGAUCCAGAGUCUGAACCCGGUCAGACUCUACCGGCUGAUUCAUAGUCUGAUACUGGUCAGACUCUACCAGCUGAUCCAGGGUCUGAUCCUGGUCAGACUCUACCGGCUGAUCAAGAGUCUGAUCCUGGUCAGACUCUACCGGCUGAUCAAGAGUCUGAUCCAGGUCAGACUCUACCAGCUGAUCAAGGGUCUGAUCCAGGUCAGACUAUUCCAGCUGAUCCAGGUCAGACUCUACCAGCUGAUCAAGGGUCUGUUCCAGCUGAUCCAGGUCAGACUCUACCAGCUGAUCCCGUUCAGAUUCUACCAGCUGAUCCAGCAGAGACCGGCCACGCCCCCAGCAGAGACCGGUCACGCCCCCCAGCAGAGACCGGCCACGCCCCCAGCAGAGACCGGUCACGCCCCCAGCAGAGACCGGUCACGCCCCCAGCAGAGACCGGUCACGCCCCCCAGCAGAGACCGGCCACGCCCCCAGCAGAGACCGGUCACGCCCCCAGCAGAGACCGGCCACGCCCCCCAGCAGAGACCGGCCACGCCCCCAGCAGAGACUGGCCACGCCCCCAGCAGAGACCGACCACGCCCCCCAGCAGAGACCGGCCACGCCCCCAGCAGAGACCGGCCACGCCCCCAGCAGAGACCGGCCACGCCCCCCAGCAGAGACCGGCCACGCCCCCAGCAGAGACCGGUCACGCCCCCCAGCAGAGACCGGCCACGCCCCCCAGCACAACAAACAGAAUCAUGA